AUGGAUAAGGAGGAGAGGGUGGCGUCACAGGAUUUCAGGCCAGAUCUCGGGAGCUCAGAUUCUAUCGACAGUGCCGCGUACGUGCGAAUGCUGCUGGAAUUAGAUAGCAUUCCAUGGGGCCAUAGCUUUUCCGCCGCAUUGUUCAAUUGGUUACUCCUCGCAGGUUAUUUGGUGGUACCUGGAACUUUUACAUCGCUUCAGAAGCCCGAUACGGUUAAGGAACACCUUACUGACAAAGGCUUGGAGAAAGUCAUUUUGAGUACCAUACAAAACCCUCCUUUGCUGAUGAUCGCUUGUUUCUUGUUUCUAAUGGGAGUUUCCGGCAUGUUCUGGCUGGGUUGGACGUGGAGAUACAAUUAUAUCUGGGUCAUAAAUCGCAUUUUCUUCCCAGGUCUUCUCCAUUCUGCCGCCGGGCUGAUAACCACUCUGAUCAACGUUUACACUGCUCAAAGUGGUGAUUGGUCCGUGAUGGCAAUAUCAACAGUGGCAGUCACCGGACUUUCAGCCACGUCCACCGCUGGGCUAUUCUUAUAUUACAAUUUUGUCAAGUUAGGAAGACUUAAAAAGGCAUAUGAAGGAAAUGAAGAGCUGCCUUCUAAGCGAUACAUUGGUGUCUGGGAGAAGAACCGUGCCGGCACUGCUAUUCUCGCCUACGAGAAUGUCAUGUCAUUUCCAGUCGUGUUUAUCAAGAAGAGAUCAUCCCGAAGUUCACAAGAGCCAGUGCAGCAUCUUAAACCGGUAUCCCAUGCAAACAUCACUCAUCUUAAAGAGGCGUUUAUGAGCGGCGAGUCUAUUUACUUCGUUUAUGAAGCGAUGCGUACGUCCCUGUCCCAGCUACAUUGUAGCCCCCACACCCGCUUCAAUGAAGCCGACAUUGCCACUGUGUGCAAGGAGGUCCUUCAUGGGUUGAGCUAUGUCCACGAACAUCUUGGAAUAAGCCACGGCUACCUAGACUGUGACAACGUCCUCCUCGGUGACAAUGGAAAGGUCCAGAUAGAGAGCCUGCUUAAUGCGAUUGCUGAUCCGGACAGUAAACAGCGAGACGUCCGGUCUGUUGGCCUAAUCGCUGUCAAACUCAAAGAGAGACACACGAGCCUUGAAGACCCCAAUACCCUCGUACUGCAGGAGCCCCGAAAUGCAUCUGCGGAAGUAAAGGACUUUAUUCAACAAUCAUCAGUGGUAUCCAGCCACAAGCUGCUACAGCACGAAUUUCUCCUCAAAUCACCUGGGUGCUGGUGCCUCAAACCGUAUAUUCUCGAAGCAGAGCCGUACAUCGUUACCCACUAUCGGCUCCCCCCCAAGUCAGCAAUCAUGAAAAUAAUCCCUGCAGGGAGAAGCGACAAGCAUGGCUGGUCUCCAUUAUUGGAUAGCGAAUACGAAUAUGCUUGCAUCACUCCUGGAACGUUGGCUUCCAGUAAACGCGGUGGCCGAAGAGUUAGGAAACAUCUCGACCGAAAAGUUCACGCAAAGCUACAUUUCACCGCGGCGAUGGCCAAGUUUAAGCCAACUCUUCCGACAGUUCCUGAGCUCCCUGGGCCUGAGAUCUCACCUCUGGAUCAUCAGCUCCUGGUCAAUGGAAAGACUUCAUCAAGGAUUGAACGCCUUCAAUCCCGCCUUCAGUCGACUAAGAAUCGUUCUUCAUCUAUCUACGUGGACGACCAGAUCUUGGAGCUCACAUUCGAGAAUUCGUACCUCAGGGGAGAGAUUUCCCGUAUGUUUUCUCUUAUGCUUUGGUAA